AAUUUCCCAAACACAUCCUAGAAAAUGACCCCCGGAAGCUUGCUUGGUUCAUAGUAGACUGGUAAAUUCAUUGAUUCAACUGGGAAGAUAGAGGUCGAGAAAGAAUAAGAAAGUAUGCUGCAGUGCAUUUUCCUUCUCUCCGACUCUGGAUAUGAAACUGUUUGAUAUGAUCUUGAGAAUGAAUUGUUUAUGGCAGUGAGAUAAUGCUAGAAAAACAGCUCACUGGUCACCGGGUCGAGAGGUCAAUAUGUGAUUGGUUCUGGGAACAGUCGAUCUCUCAAGGUGAUUCUUUCAAGCAUUUACCUGUGAUUGCUUCACCCACGCAUUACCUUUUCCAAGUUGUACGUGAUGGGGUCACAUUCUUAGCCUGCACGCAGUCUGAAAUGCCUCCUUUAAUGGCAAUUGAGUUUCUUUGCAGAGUAGCUGAUAUCCUCUGUGAUUACCUUGGUGGUUUAAAUGAAGAUUUGAUAAAGGAUAACUUUGUGAUUGUGUAUGAGCUGGAAGAUUAGAGCGUGUGCUGUCACUUGCAGCUUUUGGAUGAGAUGAUAGACAAUGGCUUUCCUCUUACAACAGAACCUAAUAUACUGAGAGAGAUGAUAGCUCCUCCAAAUAUUGUGAGCAAAGUUCUGAGUGUUGUAACAGGCAGCAGUUCCAAUAUGAGCAACACUCUUCCUGGUGCAACGGCAACCUGUGUUCCCUGGAGGAAAACAGACUUGAAACAUUCGAGCAAUGAAGUUUAUGUUAACCUUGUUGAAGAGAUGGAUGCCACUAUUAACAAGGAGGGAACUCUUGUAAAAUGUGAGGUUUAUGGUGAAAUUGAAGUCAACUCGCAGCUUUCUGGUAUCCCUGAUCUCACUCUUUCCUUUGCAAACCCAUCCAUCUUUAAUGAUGUGCAAUUCCAUCCUUGUGUUCGUUUAAGACCAUGGGAAUCAGACCAAAUUCUAUCUUUUGUUCCUCCUGAUGGGCACUUCAAGCUCUCAAGCUACAGAGUUAAGAAGUUGAAAAAUACUCCCAUAUAUGUGAAACCGCAGCUCAGUUCAGACAGUGGAACAUGCCGAAUUAGUGUACUAGUUGGAAUACGAAAUGAUCCAGGAAAGCCCAUAGAUGAUGUGAGCGUGCAAUUUCAACUGCCUAGUUGUGUGUUAUCUGCAGAUCUUUCACCAACUCUGGGAACAGUUACCAUUCUUACCGAUAAGACAUGCUGUUGGUCGAUUGGAAGGGUCCCAAAAGAUAAAAGUCCAUCAUUGUCUGGAACCUUGACACUAGAGACUGGUUUAAAGCGGCUUCAUGUAUUUCCUACUUUUCGGGUGGCAUUCAAAGUCAUGGGUGCCGCUCUUUCUGGACUUAAAAUAGACAAACUGGAUAUAAGGAAUCUGCCUAUGCGCCCUUACAAAGGUUUCCGAGCUCUAACCCGCGCAGGAGAGUAUCAAGUAAGAUCUUGAUCGAUCAAACCUCGGAUUUCAAAUUUGUACAAAGCUGGGGUUGUUGGUCAGUUGUGUCUAGCCAAGGACUGCUCAAACUGUACCCCUAUUUGCCCUCCAUACUUUUUUCUUUGGAGUAGCUCUCUUCAAAUGAUUCUUUAUGGUCACUUUGUUGUUAGUGUAAAUUUUCUAGUCAAGGACGAGAGCAUAUCAGAAAUUGAAGGCUCUGUCAUGCAAGUAUGCAACUAAGAGUCCUGAUCGAGUGAUUUUGUAUUUUAUGUUUUUCAAUUUUUAAAAAUGAAAAGUACAACAGGAGUUUGAAAAUCAGGAGGCAGGAAAAAAGGUUUCAAGGUUUAGUUUGUAGCUCUCAUAAUUAACACGUUGCAUAUGAGUAAUUAAGUACGAGUAUUCUUUGUUUCA